CAUCGUACGCAGCUGCUACGCAGGGCUAUAAUCCUAUGCCAAUGCAAUCAACCCCGGCAGCAGAUUGGCAGUACAACAACUACGGCGCCGGAUUCAGCACCGGAAUGCCCAUGGCCAAUCCUGCCGGACUGAGCACUGGCAUGCCCGUCGUCAAUUCUGGCGGGUUGGGAGCUGGCAUGCCCGUGACCACCUCUGCCGAUCCAGGUGACAGGAUUGGUGGUGUUAUCGGGUUGCAACUUGGAGAUCCUCUGACCGGAACGUUUCUGGAUCCGCUGUGGGGUUGGGAUAGAUUGAACAUGGACAUCGGGUACUCGGGGCCGCCCAUGAAUUAUCGCAUGUAAUUGGUCCAGUCUUUGCUCAU